AAUCCUCAAUUCUCGAAUGUUCAGAUUUGUUGUUGGCAAGAAUACUGACAAUAAUCCGGCGGAGUUCUUCGUUCACGAGAAAGCAAUUUCCCAAUGCUCUGAUUCACUUUACGUACUACUUUCAAAGGGGGAUUUUCGAGAAUCCCAAGAGGGAUGUGCGAGAUGGGAUGAUGUAAGCAAAGAGACAUUUGAGCGAUUUGCUCAAUUCGCGUACACUGGGGAUUAUUCGGUGCCAGAACCAGUACUAGCAUUCAAUCGAAUAAAACCUACGGAAGAGGAAGGUGCAAGAAAAAAGGACAAAAAGAAGAGAGUAGAGAUAGAAGAAGAGAUCGCACCAGAGCAGAAACCUGAUUCAAUUGCGAGAAAAGAUGAAUACUUCCGAAAUUUAUCCUUCCCAGCGCCGCCGCAUAACAAUUACGAGGAAAGUUGUACUCCUGUUAUGUUUUUUGAUCGAAACCUUAGCUAUUCAAAAGUAUUUAUUGAUUAUACUUCAUUGUAUAUUCUUGGAGAUCUUUAUUGUAUUGAUUUAUUGAAAAAUUUAGCUUUAUCUAAGCUUUAUCUAAGCUUUAUCGAAUUUUGUGUGUGUUUCAAUUCGAUAGUGAGAAUGCAGAAGAUGUUGUCGAUCUUGCAAGAUAUGUGUAUUCUGAGAAGUUAUGUAGCUACAAAGAUGACACUUUUGUUUGGUAAUAAAGGAUUUAAAGAUCUUUUAAAAAAGGGCGGUCUAUUUGCUCUACAUCUUUUCGAGUUUGUGGUAUCUGGUGUGAAUAAAUGGGAUCUAGUGGAUCUUAGUUGA